UGGGCUAUAAAUAGGAGAUGCACGCUGUUCUGCUGACCCUCUUCACUCUCGCGUCGCUCCGUACCUUUUUCACUGCAAAAACCCUCAUAUUCGGAGCGAUCGGAGAGGAACGCUGCAAACAUGUUGGUUUACCAGGAUCUCCUUACAGGUGACGAGCUUCUCUCUGACUCCUUCCGUUACAAUGAGAUUGAGAAUGGAAUAUUGUGGGAAGUUGAGGGAAAGUGGGUUGUUAAAGGAGCAGUUGAUGUAGACAUUGGAGCCAACCCAUCGGCUGAAGGUGGGGAAGAUGAGGGUGUUGAUGACCAGUCUGUGAAGGUUGUUGACAUUGUUGAUACAUUCAGACUUCAGGAGCAACCUGCUUUCGAUAAGAAGCAGUUUAUUACCUUCAUGAAGAGGUUUAUCAAGAAUUUGACCCCCAAGCUUGAAGGAGAGCAACAGGAGUUGUUUAAGAAGAACAUUGAGGCAGCAACCAAAUUCUUGCUCUCUAAGAUUAAGGAUCUUCAAUUUUUUGUUGGUGAGAGCAUGCAUGAUGAUGGUUGCUUGGUCUUUGCCUACUACAAGGACGGUGCUGCUGAUCCAACAUUUCUGUACUUUGCACAUGCCUUAAAGGAGGUUAAGUGCUGAGUGACGUGGUGUACUGAGCUAUCUAUCAGUUUUUCUAGUUUUAAUUUUAUGUUCUGUGCUCAAGAAGUUACUUGAAACUUUGACUUGGUAUUUUGAUUUAAUGGCGAGAUGUUUUGUGCUUCAUAAUUCCCAUCUAAUUUAAUCAUCGAUGGGUUAGAAUUUCAUUAAUUUAUGAUUUUCUCGUGCUAGAAGGGCUUCCCAGUUGUUUCAUUUGUUGACUUUUUGGGUUUGUGUACUAAAGAUAUUUUUAUU